CUUGCCAGGAGCAUAGGCAGGAAAAUAAGGAACUUUUGACCCUACAAGGACCUCUUAGCGACGUCUUUGAGUCAGACUUGAAUUAGGUGUGAACACUUUUUUUGAUGGAUUUAAAACUAAGCUUUGCCACCCCUUGCAAAACUUAUUUUUUUAUUAUCAAAGAACUUUAGUUGACAAUACUAUAAAGUUUUUUAGUAUCAAACACGACAUUCUACUGUAAAGGUGUAACAAGUUAGAAUUAAUUUUGCCAUAAAAUGCAUUGCCACGUUCAAUAGGAAUUGCGCAAAAAAAGUUAAAUAAUUAUGAAUUACAAAGCGGCAAUAGCUAUUGCUGGUGUCCUUCUUGGAUGUUGUUUAGAUGCCCUAUAUCUCGAGUUUGCUGUGAGAUAUGACUCAGGAUCUGGGAAUCUCAUCACAUUUCUUCAAUUUUUCUUUAUCGCACUUUAUGGUCUCAUAUUCACAUCGAAGUUCUUCACAGUUAAACCUAAUAUACCGAUGAAAGACUAUGUAUUACUAGUCACAAUGUUUUUCUUAUCAAGUGUAUUAAACAAUUAUGCACUUAAUUUUCAUAUUUCUGUGCCUUUACAAAUGAUAUUCCGAUCAGGUUCAUUAAUGGCUAAUAUGAUUUUAGGAAUCAUUAUUCUGAACAAAUCUUAUGAUUUUUGGAAGUACGUGUCAGUAGUGCUAAUAACAUUAGGAAUUUUCGUAAGCACAAUUGCAUCGGGAUCUGACGUCAAAAAAUCUCAGGUGCAAAAUGCUGAAAGUGAUAAAAAUGAUUCAUUCUUCUGGUGGCUGUUUGGAGUUCUCUUACUGUCACUUGCAUUAUUCAUAUCAGCAAGAAUGGGAAUUUAUCAAGAAGUGAUGUAUAAGAAGCGAGGAAAGCAUCCAAAUGAAGCUUUGUUUUAUACUCAUGUGCUUGCAUUACCCGCAUUUUUCUUGAUGGGAAAGAAUAUUUGGAACCACAUGAUUGUUGCUGCAAAUUCAGAUGCUUUUAUCAUUGCACCGCUAAAUAUUUCAAUACGAAUACAGAUUUUAUAUCUUGUGAUAAACUUUAUAUCUCAUUACUUCUGUGUUAAGUGCGUCUAUAUUCUAACAACAGAAUGCUCAUCACUGACUGUUACGAUGGUUGUAACGCUGCGGAAAUUUGCAUCUCUAAUUUUUUCAAUUAUUUAUUUUCAACAUCCUUUCACCGCAAUCCAUUGGAUUGGGACAGUAUUAAUAAUAAUUGGCACGAUAAUGUUUACUGAAAUUAUCUCAAAGAUUUUCGGUUCAUUUAAAAGCUCUGAUCUAAGUCAAUCAAAUAAUGAUGAAGAGGAUAUACAAACAAAAACAGUCGAUAAGGAGACACUUUAUGAUAAAAUUGUUUACAAAUCAACGCAGACAUUUAAGUCGAUUACAGUUCCAAAGCCACAUGUGGGCUAUAAAUUGUUGCGAAACUCUAAAUAGGUAACUGAUUAACAAAAAUCCUUUGUUUAAAUCGGAUGUCAGGAAUAAAUUUUAUUUUAAAAAUU